GUAACGGUAGAAACGAUUAACAUUGUGAAUAUUUUCCAUUUGAAAAAAUUAAGAAAACGAUACAAAUUUUUUUUAUAAAUGUCGGCAUUUAAAGCUCUCCGCGAUGUCAGUAACAAAUUUGAAAAUGAACUACGAAAACUAUCAACGGAAUUAUUUUCCGCAAAAAUUGAUGAAUCUUUCGAGGAUAUUAUCUCUAAAAAAAUGAGAGAUCUUGCUUUGUUUAAUUCAAAACUAAGAUUAUUGCAAGCAAAACCCUUGGCAGUAACACCACAUGUUACGGAGUUAAACAAGAACGAACAAACAACAAUUAGUGAUUACGCAGACACAGUGACAUGGAAGAUAAUUGAACAACAGGUCGUUAAAACACUAACUCAGACGAAUGCUGUGAAGACUUUAAUUACAACGUCAAGUAUAAACUUAGAUCCCGAGUUAGUUGAAAGGAAAGAAAAAAUCAUUGAACACUUGCAAAAAUAUAAGGAAAAAGAAUCUCAACUCAGAAACUUAGAAUUGGUACUCCAGGAGAAGGAAGAUGAACUUCUGCGUACUCAACAAAUAUGGGAUGAAUCGCUAAGCAGGUUUAAGGACAGCCAGAAGACACCGCAAAAUGAAGAACUUGUUACCGGACCCUUGUAUAAAAAGCUCCAAGUAUUGGUGAAUAAGAUGGAACUCAUGCGUUGGCUCAUAGCCAAGUUGGUGACGUCACGAUCGGGGGGUUACGAUUGGGCGACGGAUCCCCACAAACGAUUGAAUGUCUUAGCAUUAGCAAGGAAGGCUCACACUAUACAAGAUUAUACAGAAAGUUGAUUUGGAAUAAAUAUUUGGA